AUGUCACACAAACAGUUCAAAUCAGAUGGAAACAUCGUUGCUCCAUAUUUACUGGGCCUUGCACGUAGCAAUCCUGGUUUGACAGUAAUUGAGCAUGACCGUGUCGUGUAUCGUACUGCAUCCUCCCCCAAUUCAGGAAAUCCGCCAAAGGUAACUUUGGUUUCAGGUGGCGGAAGUGGUCACGAGCCAACCCAUGCUGGUUUCGUUGGUGAUGGAGCACUUGAUGCCAUCGCUGCGGGCGCAAUCUUUGCCUCUCCUUCCACUAAACAAAUAUUUUCUGCUCUCAAGGCUGUCGAAUCUCCCAAGGGAACGCUUAUAAUAGUGAAAAAUUACACCGGUGACAUUAUACACUUUGGAUUGGCAGCAGAAAGAGCUAAAGCAGCAGGGAUGAAUGUAGAGCUGGUUGCUGUAGGUGAUGAUGUAUCUGUGGGAAAGAAGAAAGGUUCUUUGGUGGGACGUAGAGGCCUGGGAGCUACCGUAUUGGUUCAUAAAAUCUCAGGUGCGGCGGCAGCUCAUGGAUUAGAAUUACCAGAGGUUGCACACGUUGCACGUGCUGUUGCGGCUAAUAGUGCGACUAUUGCUGCUUCUUUAGAUCAUUGUACGGUUCCGGGUCACAAAUCUGAGAACAUUUUAGGUCCAGAUGAAUAUGAAAUUGGUAUGGGAAUACAUAAUGAAUCUGGAACUCAAAAGAGUUCUCCUUUACCAUCAAUUCCCGAGCUUGUGACGAAAAUGUUGCCAUUAGUUUUGGGUAAUGAUGAGGACCAUUCAUUCGUUGAAUUUCGCCCUGAAGAUGAUAUUGUUCUGAUGGUAAACAAUAUGGGUGGUAUGUCAAAUUUAGAACUAGGAUACGCGGCAGAAGUUAUUUCUGAGCAGCUCAUUAAGGAUUACAAUAUUAUCCCAAAAAGGACGAUAACGGGUGCAUUCAUUACGGCUUUGAACGGCCCAGGCUUUGGGAUAACUUUGAUGAACGCCUCCAAGGCAGGACCCGACAUUAUAAAGUAUUUUGAUUAUCCAACAACAGCAUCUGGAUGGAAUCAACAAUACCAUUCUGCCCAGGAUUGGAAAGUACUUGCCAAAGGCAAAGUACCCACAGCGCCCCCAUUAAAGUCAGCUAGAAACGAAGAGCCUUCCGGGGUGAAAGCAGACUAUGACACGUUUGCCAAAAUUUUGCUUGCUGGAAUCGCAAACAUCAACGAAGUUGAACCAAAGGUGACCUGGUAUGACACAAUUGCGGGUGAUGGUGAUUGUGGUACAACACUCGUAGCAGGAGGUAAGGAGUUAAGUGAAGCUAUCAAAAACCAUACCUUGCGUCUUGAGGAUGCUGCGCACGGUAUUGAAGAUAUAGCCUAUAUUGUCGAGGAUUCCAUGGGAGGUACAUCUGGAGGCUUGUAUUCCAUUUAUUUGUCAGCCCUCGCCAAGGGCGUGAAAGAUUCUGGGGACAAAGAAUUGACUGUAGAAACCUUCAGAAAAGCAUCUAAAGUUGCACUCGAUGCUCUCUAUAAGUAUACUUUAGCUAGACCCGGUUACAGGACCCUUAUCGACGCGCUGCAACCUUUCGUAGAUGCAUUGCAGGCAGGGAAAGGUCCGAGGGAGGCUGUUGAAGCAGCGAAUGAGGGAGCAGAAAAUACCAGAAAAAUGGAGGCUCUUGUCGGGCGUGCAUCCUACGUCGCGAAGGAGGAGCUGAGAAAACUUGAUGACGAAGGAGGACUGCCAGAUCCAGGUGCCAUUGGCCUGGCGGCUUUACUUAAAGGAAUGGUUGAAGCAGCAGGUUUUUGA